UGGCAAGGGUAUAAAAAGCUUCCUAGAGAGCAAGAAUAUGGUGAUGAGGUUGGAACAGGUACUAGCAUUGAACCCUCAGAAGAGGAACUUGCUGACUUGUCACAAGCUUGCAACAGGCUGUGGCAACUUGAUUUUAACCGUCUGGAACCUGGAAAGGAUUAUCAGAUUGACUGCGGUGAAGGGAAGAGGGUUCGCCAGAAGGAAGAUAUGGCAGAAGAAAGCCUAUUUUAUUCUCUGAGUGAAGACAUAUUUAGAAAACCUACAUUCUCUCGUUUCUGUGCUCUCUUAGAUAAUUAUAACCCAAAUGCUGGGUGCAAAGAAGUUGUUACAACUGAGGAGAAACAAGAGCAGUCUGCUUUUAUAGAAGAAAUCAGUAGAACUGCACCUAUUAAAUAUCUUCACAGGUGCCUUUCUUUGAAGGACAUUGUGUCUGAAAACUAUGAAGAUUUCAAAAGAAUGUUGACAAAACUAUGGUUUGAUCUUUAUGGUCGAGGCAGAACAUUUGGUUCCUUUUCUGCUUUUGAACAUGUUUUUGUUAGGGAAAUCAAGCAAUGUGGUGAGGAGAAGUUACUGGCUUCCACAAUUGGCUUCAGUUUUACCUAGAAGAAGGAAAAGAGUUGAUUAUCAAGGUUAUGUAUUACCCCGAAGACGAGGGGAAACUCCAGACUCCGAAACACAGUUGCUUACAAUUCAGUUCGUAUGGAAUGGGGUUCGUAAAGCUGUGUCAAGUACAUUGGUUGGGGUGAGCCCUGGAUUUGAAUUUGCUCUCUAUACUCUGUGCUUCUUUGUGGGUGGAGAGGAUAACUAUGUGCAGCUGGGUCCAUACUCUGUUAACUAGGGAUGGGCAUGGGUC